UCGCCUCGCCUCGCCUCGCCUCGCUAGCUCCGGACACUCAUCACCUGCCAUCUCUGAUCUCUCCCUCUCACUCUCAGCGCUUCUGCGUCAGCAGCGCGCGUACCAUCAAUUUGCCCAAUCUGCCAUCUCCAGUCCACGUUCCCCAAUCCGUCUCCGAUGGACCUGUCUCCCAGCUCGCCGUCGCCGUCCUCCGUGCCGGUGCCGUGCCAGUGGUCCGGCGCCGCGGCGUGCGGCCUGGCCGGCAGGGUGUUGUGCGCCGUCGCCACCUGCGUCUUCGCCGCCGUGGGGUCGCUGGUCGGGGCGGUGACGGGGUCCAUGGUGGGGCUGGCGACGGAGAGCGGGAUGCUGCGCGGCGCCGGCAUCGGCGCCAUCUCCGGCGCCGUCUUCUCCAUCGAGGUCGCCGAGUCGUCACGCGACCUCUGGCACUCGGCCGACUCCGGCGUCUGGUCCCUCCUCUACAUGGUGGACAUCAUCUCGGGUCUCCUGAGCGGCAGGCUGGUCCGGGAGAAGGUGGGGCCGGCGGUUCAGAGCGCCGUGCAGAGUCAGAUCAGCGCCAUCAGCUCGCCGUUCGAGGAGACGAGCGACCUGUUCGAGACCGGCAGCGUCAGGGGCCUCCCCGAGGACGCGGUGCGCCGGCUGCCGGAGACGGUGAUCGCGGCGGACACCGCCGUGGACGCGGCGGGCCAGGCGCUGUGCUGCUCGGUGUGCCUGCAGGACUUCCGGGUGGGCGAGCCCGCGCGGAGGCUGCCGGGGUGCCGCCACCUCUUCCACGUGCCCUGCAUCGACUGCUGGCUCGUCAGGCACGGAUCCUGCCCGCUGUGCCGGCGAGACAUCUGAACUGAUCGCCGGCCGAUGGUCAGGCACGGCUCCAGGCCUCCUGCCUUCCGGCUGUGCCGGCAAGAUAUCUGAAUUGACCGCCGGCGGUCGUCUCGCUCGAUCUGCCAGCCGCCGUCGAAGAUCGGGUGUGUUAGUGUUGCUUUGGACGAGACGGUGGCCUCGGUUAGUGGACUAGGGUUUGUAGGUCGGCACCUGAUGCCCGUAAGGGAAAUGGUGUGCUCUGUUAAUGAAAAUUGAAAAGAAAGCAGCCCCCCUAAAAGAAUUUAAGAAUGGAAAAAAAGAUUAUAUGUAUGUACAAAAAAAAAGAAAAAUGAGCGAGAAAACGGCACGACUAACGAUCACAUGCUUAGACCUGAGAUUACGGAUCAAAUCUGCAGGUUCCAAGUUUAGAAACAACAUUUGCUUUGCGAUUUGCGUUGAGCUUGCAGUUGCCAUGUUCAGGCAGGCCCUGUACUGAAACGACAACAAGAAUGCCUACAAACAGGUCGCGACGCUUGUUUUCUCUUUGCCGGCGAGCGAGCUGGUCGAGUUACUUUGGACUAAUUCGGCCCAUAUAGCAAACACAUUCAGCCCAAGAGUGCGUUUGGUUGGGUUAGAGUAUUAGACCGCUUGGUUUUUAUUUUUUUUUCUCAUGAAGCUGAAAAUAAUUCUCUCCACAAUCUGGGACAUUUUUUUAUAAAGCUAGAAUGUUUUCUCGUGAAGUUAGAACAUUUUUGUCUUGUACUAAUUUUGUUGUAAAGGAAGAACAUCUUUCUCUUGACCUAAAACAAUGUCAUUGAGAAGCCA